AUGGGCGCCUAUCUCUAUGGGCGCCUAUCUCUAUGGGCGCCUAUCUCUAUGGGCGCCUAUCUCUAUGGGCUCCUAUCUCUAUGGGCGCCUAUCUCUAUGGGCGCCUAUCUCUAUGGGCGCCUAUCUCUAUGGGCGCCUAUCUCUAUGGGCGCCUAUCUCUAUGGGCGCCUAUCUCUAGGGGCGCCUAUCUCUAGGGCGCCUAUCUCUAGGGGCGCCUAUCUCUAUGGGCGUCUAUCUCUAUGGGCGCCUUUCUCUAUGGGCGCCUAUCUCUAUGGGCGCCUAUCUCUAUGGGCGCCUAUCUCUAUGGGCGCCUAUCUCUAUGGGCGCCUAUCUCUAUGGGCGCCUAUCUCUAUGGGCGCCUAUCUCUAUGGGCGCCUAUCUCUAGGGGCGCCUAUCUCUAGUGGCGCCUAUCUCUAG